AUGCAGGCUUGGUCUUAUUGUCGACAUGACGUUCUACUCUAUGCUGUUUCCACAUCCCAAAUUCUAUCCCAGAUUCAAUCGAAUUGUGUUCAAGAGGACCAAGGAAUCAAAUUACCCUUUUUCAGCUCUCGUCUGUUCGACGGCAAGUACACAGGCACAACUGCCUCGAGCGUCAACAUGGUCCUUUGCCAGGACGACCCUGCUUUAGCGUUGCUGCGUAUUCAUGAGUUUUUGGCAGCCUGGCAACCACUGCAUGAAUUGGAACAUCAUUCCUGCAAAAAAGGCGAUGCCGGCGGUGCCCAAGCUGUUGAUGGGCCAGUUGUCUCCAACGCUUUGUUCGCCUCUUCUUUCCCAUCUGAACAGUUUGUGAUCAACUGUCUGGAGCGCUAUUUGACGGCCUGUCUGGAGCUUCGGUCGGCCGAUCUACAAGGCGAGUUCGCUGCUUUCCACUGGCUGACCGGCAGCCUGGAAGAGGCUGGCUGGAGCAACAGAGGAGCACCAUUGGCUUGGCCACAGAUGAGCCUCUACUACGACCCAGUAAAGCAAACAGAGUUCAUCAUGCUGGUAAGUCAGUCAAUGGCAGUGGAAAUCGCAUAA